ACAGAUAGACAGCUGACACUACUCUGGGAUAUACUGAACAUAUACUGAACAUAUACUGAACAUAUACUGAAUGACAGAGGGGAAGAGGAGGAGGAAGAGGAAACGACCAGAAACUAAAGCACUGUCCCACUAUAUUGACCUGACUGAGGAUAGAGAGAGAGAGGGGACGACAAGAUAACAAAACAACCACAACGAGAGAGGGGGAUGAGACAAGAAGAGAAAACACGGAAUCUACUUUGUUUGGAUCAGAGGGACAAUAUCCUUUCCGAGCUACAACGACAGAGAGCACAGAGAAAUUUCCUUGGUGUCAGGUUCUGGUGUGGUUGCUGUUAGGGACUUGGAGGUUCCAUGCUACUUCAGUGCCAUUGACAGUGCCAGGGCCCACAGUGCGGUAGUGGUAGCAUUGACUGGCUAAUUGCAGACAGAAGGCAGAGGACUUUGUAGCAAUCUGGGGAUGAUACCGCUGUUCUCCUCAAUCGGACAGUGUUCAGCGAGGUGUGUGCUACUGCAGGUCACCCUCAGUAAGUUAUACGCUCUCCGGGCCGGGCCCUCGCCUCUGCUGCAUUAGGAGCCGCCAAUCAGAACCAACAACCAACUCCACACGGACCGCAGCAGCUGAACUGAGCUCACUGACAGAGCGAGUAGUGAACACGAGACUCAACACAGGGACUGAACAUAGUGACUGGAAGCAGCCGUGUGCAGCAGAGAGAGACAUUGUGAUCCUGUAUAAACAUACAGAGGGAGGACAUACAUACACGUUACAUCUCUACAGUGGGACGGAUAGAGAGAGAGAGAGAUGUAGCCUAUAGAGUAAUGCUAUACAUGUGAUCCUGUAGGGUGUUUAUAUCACACAGGGAGACUGUAGUCAUUUGUAAAGCAGUUACCAUCACAGUUGGAGACGGUGAUGUGUGAUAGUGAACCGUGGGAGACAAUUUAGCUGAUGACGUGUUUGUGUUGUCAAAAGUAUCGUGUGUGGGGAUGGAGCCCCGAGUUGAGAGAUAUGGGUACAGAAACAGUAUAAUGACUUGUUUCAGAUGGUUUACUCCGAUGUGUCUGUCUGGCUGAUGUAGAGUAAAGAUAUUGGUUUUUUUGGUGUUGGGAUUCUGGUCUGUGGUUUGCCAUUUGAGUGGUUCUAGCCUGUUGGUUUGUAUCAUUGCUUUGCUCCAUUGAUUUGAUGUUUAGUUAUGUAGUCCAACACAGCAGAGCAGCUCUGUUGGCAGACAGUCAUUUGGCUAGUUGUGUGCUGAUAGUUCGUAGCAACGUUGUAAGACAUUCUAGAUCGACGCUGUGGUGAUGUUAGAUCGGUGGUGUUUUAUCAAAAGACUGCAGCUCUGAAGAAACGUGAGUGUUGUGUACUGGUAAAACCCCGGCUUUGUUGUGUGUCACUGCAGCCCUAGCUGUGCUCUGCUGUGCUCUGCUGUGCUCUGCUCUGUUGUACGGUGCCUGUGUCCUGGGUCACAGAGGAAGCAUUGAUCAGACAGCUACUGAGGCUCAAUACACAAUGAGGCCUGGCCCGAGAUCUCUCCUCCCAACCCCCCUCUCCCUCUCCCUGCGUGCCCUGCUGCUGCUCUGCCUUGCGCCGCGUUGCCAAGCGGUGCAGGCUGAGAAUGUGACAGUGUUGGAGGGAGGCACGGCCCAGAUCUCCUGUCGUCUGCAGAACUAUGAUGGCUCCAUCGUGGUCAUCCAGAACCCUCGCAGACAGACCCUCUUCUUCAACGGCACACGAGCGUUGAAGGACGACCGUUUCCAGAUGGUUCUCUUCACUCCCCGUCUGGUGCGCAUCACCCUCACCAACGUGAGCGUGUCGGACGAGGGCGGCUACUUCUGCCAGCUCUACACCGACGACACCCACCACCAAGUGGCCACGCUGUCCGUGUCCGUCCCUCCCGACACCCCCACGGUGGAGGUGAAGCAGGAGGCCGUGGAGGGGGGCGAGGUGGAGCUCACCUGCCUGUCGCCGCGCAGCAAGCCCCCCGCCACGCUGCGCUGGAUCAGGGACCGCCGGGAGAUACCAGGUGUGGUGUCCCAGCAGGAAAAUGGGAAGACAGUGAGUGUGUCCAGCACCAUCCGUCUCCCUGUGGAGAGGAAAGACAACGGGGCAGCGGUCAGCUGUGAGGCAUCCCACCCCGCCCUGGGGGGGCAGAAGAGGGUCCGCCACUACCGCCUCGACGUCUACUUUGCCCCCACAGUGAGGAUCAUCCCUCCCCCUGGCAUCCUCCGAGAGGGAGACUCUCUCAGCCUCACCUGCUCCAUCACUGGCAACCCACUGCCUAGAGAUGUCCAGUGGACUAGGAUUAAUGACACCUUACCUGAGAGGGCGGAGAUCUCUGGCCCCACCCUCCAGGUGGCCCGUCUCAGCCAAUCACACAACGGGACCUACCUGUGUCAGGCGCAGAACAACUACGGCCGUGCCGCCGACCACUACACGCUGCUGGUGUACGAGAAUGUGUCUGUCACUACCAUGGUACUUCCCACCUCCCAUCAUGCCACCUCCCACCCAACCACCCUCCUCCUAACCCCCAGCUACGCACCGGACCCCCGAGACCCCGGGGCAGUGAUUGAGACCCACAGUGCAGUACCGUACGCUGUGAUAGGGGGCGUUCUGGCUCUGCUGGUCUUCACCAUCAUCUGUGUUCUCAUCGUCACCGUCUGGUGCUCUGUCCGACAGAAAGGUUCAUAUCUUACCCAUGAGGCCAGUGGGUUGGACGAGCACGGGGAGGUCCAGGAGGCUUUCCUCAACGGGAAUGAUGCCAGUCAGGGCAAGAAGGAGUACCUACUGUAGCCUCCAUCCCCAAAACCCACACCCCUCCCCCAACCCGCCAUGACGGGUGGCCUUCUGAAUCGACUGUAAUACUACUGCACACAGACCACAUUACAGACCACAACACAGACCACAACACAGACCAGAACAGAGACUGAAAGAGAGACGAUCCGUCCAGCCCUUACAUUACAACUGUGCCAUACUGUAGGUGUACUGGAGGAAGGAGCGAGGGAGGAUGACAGAGAAAGGGGAAAGUGAUAAUAGGGUCAUUAUUUUGAUAGAGCGAAGAGAUAACAAGAAAGAGAGCCUCAGCACUUCCCUUCCCUGUGGUAAUUGGAGAGGGAGAGAGUGAGAGGAAAGAGAAAAAACUCAAUUUCCAAAAUGUUCAAUCCAUAACUGGCACAGACAAACAGGUGGGGUGGGUAUGAUUUCCAGAAGCUAUUGAGUUUGAAUGCUCAAUUUGAUUACUUGAAAUUGCCAAAGCACAUCAGCCCACAGAGAGCAGCUCAUCUAUAAUUAUUUGACAACAUUGCAGAGUGUUACCCUGAAAGUCUCUUAAAGUAUAUCUGAACUCUUCAGUUCUGCAGAAGGCCCAGGCAUUGUAUUCGCUGUCCGUUCUGGGGAGUCUGCCAAUGUUUUCUGGGUAAUUUAGAAACCUUCCUGUUAUGAAUGACUGCUUUUCUCACAGAACAGAACUGUUGUUUCUCUUCUUUGAAUUCUCUCUCUCUUUCUCCCUCCCUCCUUCUUCACCUUUCUUUCUAGUCCUCUUCUUCCCCCUUGUUCCCUCCCUCCCUCUUCACCUCUCUUUCUAGUCCUCUUC